CAGUCAGUGUGCCCUCUGCCGGCGGCGAGCAAUGAUGCAGGGGGAGUGGCGCGUGGUUCCCGUAUUGGCGGCGCUGGGCGCGACCGCGAUCGUCGUGUGCUCCAGCUGGCCGCUGGCGAUGCACCUGUUGCUGCGCGCGGCCGCCGUGGCCGUGCUGGGGCUGUCCGUGGCCUACCACAGGCGUCUCAGGGUCAUCCUCACCGUGCUGCCCAGGGACCUCAGGGGCAUGUAUCGCUUCGUCCUAAUGCAGAUUCAAACGAAGAGGAUGAUGAGGAACAACUGCUCUGUCGUUUCGGAAUUCGACGCACUUGUUCAGAAGCAUCCAGAUAAGCCGUGUUUCAUGUUCCAAGACUCUGUGUGGACCUACAAUGAUCUGCACAAGUAUAGUCUGAAGGUGGCGAAUGCGCUGGAGGCGGAGGGUUACCACAAAGGGGACGUGGUGGCGCUGAUGCUGGGUAACUGCGUGGAGUACGUGGGACUGUGGCUGGGCAUGGCGCGGAUCGGGCUCGUCACCGCCCUCAUCAAUCACAAUCUGAGGAAGCAGUCCCUGCUGCACACGCUCAAGGUCUGCGCGGCCAGAGCCGUUAUCUUUGGAGAUGAAUUCGCUUCUGCUAUAGAAGAGAUAAGAUCAUUACUUGAUCCAUCAUUGGUAUAUUUCCAGUUGAACUGUAAAGGCAAUGAAACAUCUGACUUCAAGAAUCUCGAUGCCUUAAUAUCGUCAGCUCCUGUUAGUCUGCCAUCUGCUGAACCACCAAAAUUUCAAGACCAGUUACUCUACAUAUACACAUCUGGAACCACAGGGCUACCAAAAGCAGCAAUGAUGCCACACUCAAGGUUUUUGUUGGUUGGAGCAGCAACUCGAAGUAUGCUAGACCUGAGAGAUGAUGAUGUCUUCUACACUCCUCUGCCCCUGUAUCAUACUGCAGGCUGUGUAAUUGGAGCUGGAUGUGCCCUAGUUAAUGGUGUUCCUUGUGUCAUCAGAAAAAAAUUCUCUGCUUCUUCUUACUGGAGUGACUGCAUACAUUAUAAGUGUACUAUUGGCCAGUACAUAGGAGAACUGUGCCGUUAUCUCUUAUCAGUGCCACCUAAACCAGAAGACAAAUCUCAUAAGGUGAGAAUUAUGCUUGGAAAUGGCAUGAGACGAAAUAUUUGGAAGACUUUUGUAGAUCGUUUUAAUAUUAAGGACAUCAGAGAACUUUAUGGAGCAACAGAAGGAAAUACAAAUCUAGUAAAUCUUGACAACAAAAUAGGAGCAGUAGGUUUUCUGCCUCAGAUCCUUCCAGAAAAGUUGUUCCCAGUGGCUUUAAUCAAAGUAGAUGAAGAGACACAUGAAGUUAUAAGGGAUAAAAAUGGAUUAUGCCAGAAGUGUUCAUAUGGAGAACCAGGAAUAGUGGUUGGCAAAAUAAUAACCGGUGAUGAGACACGCCAGUUUUACGGCUAUGUUGAUAAAGAAGAGUCAAGAAAGAAAAUACUUCAUGAUGUGUUCAAGAAAGGAGAUAGAGCAUUCUUCUCUGGAGAUGUUAUGGUAAUGGAUGAGUAUGGGUACCUUUAUUUUAAAGACAGAAUUGGAGACACCUUCAGGUGGAAAGGGGAAAAUGUAGCAACUGCUGAAGUGGAAACUAUUAUCAGCAACUUAACUGGCUACCAUAACAUCACUGUAUAUGGUGUUGAGGUACCUGGUGCAGAAGGCAGGGCAGGAAUGGCAGCUCUUGAAGAUCCAGAUCGGAAAAUAGAUCUAAAGAAGUUAGCGGAAGGUCUCGCUACAAAUCUUCCACAUUAUGCCCGUCCUAUGUUUUUGCGAGUUGUGAAAAGUCUGGAACUUACAGGGACUUUCAAAAUAAAGAAAACUACAAUCCAGAAAGAAGGUUUUGAUCCUGCUUUAAUUAAAGAUGAUUUGUAUUUUCAUGAUGGAAAAGAAUUUGUUCCUCUUACUCAAGAACUUUAUAACAAAAUUGUAAGUGGGAAGUUCAGGUUGUGAUAAAUACAUUUUGCAUGUGGUCUGCUGUAGUCAGAUCUGGAACAAAGA